AUGAAGAUUAAAUUAUCAUCCACUAAUGAUUGCAACUAUAUCUCAUUAAUGUUUCUUUUCAUAGCAGAUCGACGAUUCCUUCGAUUUAGGGUUUUAUUGAAGUUUAAUUAUGUUGAACACAAUUCCGGCUUGCACCAUGAUGUGAACCUGAUGAAGUUUUUCAUGAAGCUCACAAUCCAUGUUUCCCAUGGGCUUCAGGUAACUGGUAAUCUAUGGAUAUGGGAGCCUCCCUUCAGGUAUUUAGUUGUGAUAAGUGGAAAGAAGCCUGAUGAUAUCACCACUGUUAAGAAAAGCAAAGUAAACAGAAUAGAUUUCAUGAAAUCUUGAUUGAGUGUCGAUCAUCAUCUCCAUGCUGUCUCCACUGUUAUCUCCAUCUUCUGUUCCCGCUACCUGCCUUCUUGAUCGUUCUCCUUCUAGGAUGGAAAGAUUGAAGCUGAAGUUAAACUUAUGGGGAUUUUGAACUUAGGGGCAUUGCAUCCUAGGGAAGUUAGAAAAUAUGAGGCAACAAUUGUGCCACUAUAGUUUUUUAUUUGCAAGCCUGAGGAAGCAUAUAACCAGCAAGAAAUGUGACUGGUGAAAGCACUUCUAUCAUAUAUCCAGAUAACUUGUCAAUUGAUGGAGCACAAUACACUCACUGUAAUCACACUCCAAUCUCAACCACAUAUGGAGGAAUGUUGAAGGUUUUUUCAGGUAUCGUACUCCC